AUGGCGACAGCACAGCCUGCGGUCGAGAAGAAGCGCAAGAGGGAGAAGGAGGAGCGGGCCUCUGGCGGCCAGAAGGCGAAGCGCGUCAAGAGCUCGGUGAAAAAUGGUGUGGAAGCGUCAAAAGAGAAUGUAGCUGGGGACAGAGACUCCGGUGCGGCAAAUAGCAGCCUGGCCAACGGGGCUGAUACAAGCACGGUAGAUGCGCAAUCUGUAGUUGUCCGGGAGGCGCAACCUCUGCAGAAGGGAAGCAAGAAGAGCAAGAGACCCGAGAAGAGCCCUGCAAGCGCGUGGUAUACAUCCCAGGCCACCGGCGGCAGGUUUCUGUCUGUGGACCCUGUGUUCUCGCAAGAUGAGAAGUACAUCAUCCUUGCGGCUCCUCGCACAAUCCACAUCUACUCCGCGGCGACCUCGCUUCUGGUUCGGACAUUGCCAAUCGAUACUGAAGGCCUCAUUUCCGCAUAUGCUCUAUCCAGUUCAAAUGCGGACAACCUGUAUGUCACCACAUCCUCAGGGCUGAUUCUGCUCUGGGAUUGGGUCAACGGGCAACAGUUGCAACGAUGGGAGACUGGGUUGUAUAUUCAUGGCCUGGUCACGGUUACCUCGGAGAGCCUCAAAGGAGAUGUUGUCUAUACGCAGGAACAUGGCAACUAUUCCACGAUCACUGCUCGCCUACUCCAUCGAGGCGACGAGACUCCCGAGUCGGUCAUACUGUACAAGGGCAAGAACAUGCGGCCUCUCCAGUCGUUUAUGGUUCUGGCUGGCGGCAAAAUCAUAGUAGCAACCACGCCGGAUACUCUGAUUGUGGGUAACCUGGAGAGCCGUACUGUCUCUUCGCUGAAGGACAUGACUUUUAGCUGGCGAGAAAUCAAGGCUACAGAGUCGAUCACCUGCUUCGACGUCCAACUAUGGCAUCAGCUCCCAGCACAGCCAACCAGAGCGCAGCGCAAAGCUAUUGCUCAGGGCCUCAAGGAGCAUAUUGACAUUGCUAUUGGUUGUGGUGAUGGUGCAAUAUACAUCUACAAUGAUUUGCUGAAUCAGCUGAUCGCGGCUGAACGGCCAAACAAGGACUCGAAAGGCUCAGCUUUCCCGACACCCCGCAUCCUUCAUUGGCACAGAGAGCCCAUAGGCUCCUUGAAGUGGUCUCUAGAUGGCAAAUACAUCGUGUCAGGGGGCAGGGAGACUGUUCUGCUUCUAUGGCAGCUCGACACCGGCAAGCGGCAGGAACUUCCUCAUCUGACCUCCGCCAUCGACAACCUGACAAUAUCGCCUACCGGGUCGUCUUACGCCGUUCAGCUGGCGGAUAACUCCGUAAUAGUGCUGUCAACCAGUGAGCUGAACGCUAAGACCAACAUCGCUGGCAUCCAGAGCCGUGUCCGGUUCCUGGACGAAGCAGGCACGCCGCAUCCUCAGGCGACUGCCUCCGCGAAGCUGAAAGACGCGCCCACUCCUGUUGAUGCCUUCUCCAUGGUUCCUUGUGCCACCAAUCCCCUCCGGCCCACUCAGCUCCUACUUGCUGUUCCCGCUUCUCAGUCGAGGACUGAUGUGAACCAAAAGUUCCUUGCCGCGCCUUAUCUUCAAGCUUUCGAUGUGUCGUCGGCCCACCACGUUUACCGACAGGCUCUGACGCGCAACAACGCAACGAUCGUCAACGUCGGCCCUAAUGCCACAAAACUUGUGGAACCAAACGUGACCCACCUAAAAGUCAGUCAUGAUGGCCGGUGGCUCGCAACGGUCGAGGAGUGGCUUCCCCCCAAGUCCGAUGUCGAGCAUCUGGCCGCCGACGCACAGAUGGUGCACGAGGAGCAGUCUUUGCGUCGCGAAAUCUACCUGAAGUUCUGGGCAUGGAAUGAGGAGAAAGAGCAAUGGAUGUUGGAGACCAGAAUCGAUGCGCCUCAUGUGUCUCCAGACGGUGUGCUGCCAGGUCGGAUUUUAGACCUAGUGGCAGAACCGAGCCGGGUCGGGUUCGCUACUGUCGGCGAGGACGGCUCGGUGCGCAUGUGGAAACCAAAGACGAGGUUACGUGAUGGUACAGUGGUUCGUGGCAGCAACGCUGAAGGCCUAGUAAUAUGGUCAAGCCGGUUCGUGGUUGAGCUGGAGCAGGGCACAGACGCCCUCGACGCGGAAGUGGAUGCCCGAACGGCCUCUACUAUGCUGGCUGCCCGCUUGGCGUUUUCGUCUGACGGCUCAAUCCUUGCGGUGGCCCAGGAGCGAUCUCACAGCGAUAGCCAGGGCCUGGUCCAUCUUGUCGAUACCGCGACAGGAGAGAUACGACAAUCACGAGCGGGUCUCUACGAUGGCGGCCUCAUUGCUCUUGGAUUCCUGGACAGAUGCUUGGUCGUUCUCUCCGACGACCUCACCGUCUGGGACAUCGUGGACGACGAGCUUAGCUACAGCGUCAGCCUCUCCCUACCAAGUUUGACAGCCGCACAAAGGUCGGCCGUGACACAUCUCGCAAUCAAUCCCACAGACAUCACGUUCGCUGUUUCACUGCCUAACAAGGCCCACGGUCACGCACUACGCUCGAAGGUCCUUGUGUUCGAUCCGAAAGACCCCCAGCCCAUCUACUCGGAUAGAUUACCAAAUGUCGUCACAGCCCUACUCCCAGCCCACAGCGCCAAGGGCUACAUCGCCCUCGACGCCGCCGCCGAGAUCCGCAUCAUCGGUCCCAGAGCCGCGGCGGCUAUUCCGCUCAUACAGCCCACGGCGGCACCAGAGCAGUCGUUAGCCACCGUUGCGGAUGAGGAAGCUGUCGAGCCUGAAGAAGCCGCUGGCGAUGACGAAGACGUAGACAUUGAGGAAGCUACAAACACCGCAGCUGUGCCAGACGAGAUGGCUAUCGACGACGCCAACGAUGACGCGAACCCGGUUGUUAGGCCGGAGCAGUUGGCUGAGAUCUUUGAUGUGGGACCCAGCUUUGCGCUGCCGCCUGUGAAGGAGCUGUUUGAUGCUGUUGUUGGGUUGUAUGCGAGGAAGCCGGGGCAGGGAGGUGGGAGGGGGGUUGUUGCUUCCGCCCAGAGCAGCAUAGCGGUUUGGCUGUCUACUCGGUAG